GCACUUCCUUAGCUACGGGCUAGCUACUAGCCAGCUAGAGAGCCUCGUGCGCCGCCCAUGAAGAGUUUCAGACAUGGUGAACGGACGGACGAGUGCGGUGGUUGUCGGGGCGUGUGGGGCCUUUUUCGUCGCAUACUGCAUUUAUUUUGAUAGGAAGCGACGGAGUGACCCUCGCUUCAAGGAAAAGCUACUUGAACGUAGAAGAAAGCAAAACGUUUCUAGUGAAAAGUCCGGACUGGCAAGGCUGCCUGACUUGAAGGACGCGGAAGCUGUUCAGAAAUUCUUUUUGGAGGAGAUCCAGCUGGGAGAGGAGCUCCUGGCUCAAGGUGACUUUGAGAAAGGUGUGGAUCACCUGACCAAUGCCAUUGCAGUUUGUGGUCAACCUCAGCAACUUCUUCAAGUGCUCCAGCAGACACUGCCGCCUCCAGUCUUCCAAAUGCUUCUCACCAAACUGCCCACCAUCAGCCAGCGAAUCAUCAGCUCUCAGCCUUUAACAGAAGAUGAUGUCGAAUGAAUGUGUGUGAUAUGGAAAUCUGAAAGAGAACUGCCAGCUGUUUAACAGAAGAUGACAUCAAAUGAAUGUGUGAUUGCGGGUGAGAUGGAAAACGGCUAUCACUCGGACUGUAUUGAUUAUUUCAGUCACUGAUAUUAGUGCAGUUGUGAGUCUGAUAAGGGCAGAGCUUGACCUUUGGACAUCAGGCGACAACUAUUCCUCUCUGUCAUGGCACUGAGGUUUAAAAAAACAAAACGUGUUAAAUACAUUCCAUCUUUCUAAUAUUCAUCUGUUUUUUCUCAAAUGGAAUGUUGUGCUUUAUUGGGGGGGGGGUUGCUAUAUGUACUUAAUAAAAACAGUUAUGUAAAUUA